AUGAUUGAAGAAUUUACCUAUCAAGUCAGACUUGCCAAAGUUAUGGGCGUUUUUGAGUCACCGCCUGAAAAAUGGAUUAAAUUUCUCAAGGCUCAUCAAUAUUUUAUCUUGUUUAUUCAGACAUUCAGCAUAAUAGUCUUUUGUCCAAGGCCCAACUACCAUAUCCUUGUAAUUACUGAGAAUCUUGCGGACUUGGUAACUACAGUUCUAUCCAAUUUAAAAUACAUGUUCUUCUUGAUAAGUGCAAAGAAGUGUUUUCAACUGAUGCACGAAGUAAAGGAUUUAAAUAAGAAAUGGAAGUUCAAGGAACUACAUUCGUUUAUUGACAAAGCUAACAAGAUGGACAGAUUCGUGUUUAUGACAAUGUUCUUAGCCUGUUGCUCAGCUACGACAGGCUACUGUACAGCUCCAAUGAUUAAAAACUUAAUUACUUAUUUUUUCAUGGAUCAACCAUUUCCAUACGAGAUGCCACUCAAUGCUACGUACUAUGUUGAGUACAAGUAUUUCCCGUUGUACCAGAUACUUUACUUGUCUCAAGGAUAUAACAGCAUUUUGUCUGGCAUGCAAAAUGUUGUAGUCGACACUUUCUUUUUCGGAAGCUGCAUCAACAUUUGUGCACACUUCGAGAUUCUUAGAAAUAUCAUAAAUGAAAUAAAUGUGAAAGAAUUCGUGGACUAUCAUCAAAAAACUCUUGAAUUAGCAACAAAGUUAAACAAAAUCUUUGGAAUCGUAAUUUUCGGAGAAUAUUUGAUCCUUUCGGUUAUUUUCUGUGUCAUAGGAUUUCAAGUCGUUAUAAGUGAGGAUCUAAUUCAUUCAGUUCCCAUGAUGUUUCAUGGAACAGCUGCUUUGAUUAAUUUACUGAUUUAUUCCUAUGGAGGCGAAAUUAUCAUGGAUCAUGCAAAUAAAGUUUGUGAGGAUUGCUACAAGAUCAAUAAGGACUAUCUCAUUGUAAUGAUGAGAACUAAGCAUGAAUACAAAGUGGAAUCAAUGAUGUAUCAUGCAUCUUUACCCACAUUUAGCUUAAUCAUGGGACGAACAAUGUCAAUGAUUACAUUGCUGGAAUCUUUCAUUUAA